GCCAACUCUACUUGCUUCACUUUUGGUUUUAUUGAAUUCAUUCAGCAAAUUUGAAGUUGUAACUUGGUUGGACCACUGUGAUAAGGCUACACAUAGUGAGGGAGUGAACUUUAAAGUUGACUAUAUACAUAAGCUAUAGGUUCUGAAAAUUUGAGGCAUCUGAUUUUUUCUUUCAGAUCAGCUGGUUCAGAAUAGUAUGGGAACAAUUACCCGCAGAGGAAUGGUAAGAAGACCGAACGAGACAAUGAGGCUAAUAGUAACAACUUUUAUCAGUGUUGUAUUUGGAUUGUUUUUAGGAGUAUCUUUCCCAACAAUUUCAUUGACUAAGAUGAACCUUCCAUCGACUCUACUUCCCUCCAUUGAUCUUGGUUACAUAGAGGACAAGUAUUCAGGCCUCUCAUCUCAAGCACUCUUGAAUAUUUGGUCUUCAAUAAGGCGUGGUGAGGGCAUAUUAUCACAUGAACCUGAGGACACAAAGAUCUGGGUUCCAACAAAUCCUCGAGGAGCUGAAAGGCUACCCCCUGGUGUAGUUGCAUCCGAGUCUGAUCUCUACUUGCGUAGACUAUACGGUUCCCCCAGUGAGGACUUGAUUAUCAAACCAAGGUACCUUGUAACCUUUACAGUGGGUUAUGAACAGAAGGACAACAUUGAUAAUGCUGUGAAGAAGUUCUCAGAGAAUUUCACCAUUCUGCUGUUUCACUAUGAUGGUCGGACAAGUGAAUGGAAUGAAUUUGAAUGGUCAAAGAGGGCUAUACAUGUCAGUGUUCUCAAGCAAACUAAAUGGUGGUAUGCCAAACGUUUUUUGCACCCGGACAUCUUGGCACCGUAUGACUAUAUAUUCAUCUGGGAUGAGGAUCUCGGAUUGGAGGACUUUGAUGCCCAAAGGUACAUAAACCUUGUCAAGAAGCACGGAUUGGAAAUCUCUCAGCCGGGCUUAUCAGCUAACAGUGGACUAACUUGGCAAAUGACUAGAAAGCGAGAUGAUAGUGAAGUGCACAAAGAAGCCGAGGAAAGAGAUGGCUGGUGCACUGAUCCACAUCUGCCUCCAUGUGCAGCAUUUGUGGAGAUAAUGGCCCCUGUUUUCUCCCGGAACGCAUGGCGUUGCGUUUGGCAUAUGAUCCAGAAUGACUUAGUCCAUGGAUGGGGGCUUGAUUUUGCUCUUAGAAGAUGUGUGGAGCCCGCUCAUGAAAAGAUAGGAGUUGUAGAUGCUCAAUGGGUCGUUCAUCAAACUGUUCCUUCACUCGGAAACCAGGGCACAGCAGAGAAUGGAAAGGCUCCAUGGGAAGGGGUGCGGGAGAGGUGUCAAAAAGAGUGGACAACGUUUCAAAUACGAAUGACGUUAGCGGAAAGAGCGUACCUGAAGAUGACGAACAGACUCGAUCAACUUAAUUCCACAAACAGUUAGGAGGCUGUCUUUAUAAGGAAAUUUAAAAAUAAAUCUUAAAUUAUUAAAUACAAGUACCUUAUAAUGUCACAAGUAGGUUCAUCGUCGAUGACUCCAGACUAUUUAUGGUCAUUUGGGUGAUUAGUCAGUGCAUGUAAGCCAACUUGGAUACCCAUGAAUACCUAAAAAGAAUUGGGUGUGUAUUGGGUGUACUUACACGCCAACGUUUAGAG